GGCUUAAUUCAGUUUUUACCAAUUUAGGUUUCAUUAUUAGUUUUUUCUAUAUCUUAAAACAAAUUUUAGAUAACCCACUUUCCUUAAAAAAUACUGGCCUCUUGGACAUUAAUUGUGGUUUUAUUUCCUCCCUAUUUCUGACUUUUUUUUGUGUCACGUUUUUUAUUUUCAGAAUAAUUUGAUGGCCAAGGUUAAGGAAUUACAAAAAGAAAAAGGUUGCACUCCCGAACAGCAGUAUCGGGAUAGAGCGAGGGAGCGGAGGAGUCAUUUCGGUUACGAUCCAGGGCUACAAGAUGAACCUGAAGAUGCCUCCGCCGAAGUGACACAGGCGGUCGCUGCUUAUAAGGCGGCAAAGCCACUGGACUCUACCAAUGUUGGUAACAGAAUGCUCAAGUCUAUGGGAUGGAGUGAAGGCUGUGGACUAGGACGAAAUCUUCAAGGUAUCGUUAUUAUUGUAAAAAUUUUAAGAUUUACUUUAGGCAUCGUUCAACCAAUACAAGCGGAACAGCAUGUUCAAGGUGUUGGACUGGGUUCUUCCGGUUCUAAAAUUGAUGUUAAUGCCUCGUGGAAGGAUAGAAAUAGGAAAUCAGCCAUUCAACGAUUCAAUGAUUUACAUGACACAUAG